UUCUGGCCGCCAUCAUUGUUAGUGGCACUGAAGCUCGCGCGGGGGGGAAUAAAAGCUGGCACUGCGGCGCGUGUUUGUGAAUCGUGGACACGCAGUCCGAGUGUCACUGAGAGUUGCCGAGACAGCAGCUAUGGUUCAGACUUGCUCGGCUUACGGCUGUAAAAACCGUUAUCACAAAGAUAAAGACAUCUCCUUCCACAAGUUUCCCCUUGCCCGCCCGGACAUCUGUGGUAAAUGGGUGACAGCAAUGAGGAGGAACAAUUUCAAGCCAACCAAGUACAGCAAUAUCUGUUCACAGCACUUCACGAAAGAGUGCUUCAAGAGAGAGUGCAACAACCGGGUGUUGAAGGAGAACGCCGUGCCUUCGCUUUUUGACUUCAACCCCGACAUCAAGGUGAAGCAGUCAGAAUGUCUGGAGGAUCCCUUCCCCUCCGAGAUCCACUUUCCCCUCUCCUUUCCCCUGACCUCCGCCCCCGUCAUGGAGGAGGCGGAGUCCGAGCCGGUAAGGAGUCCACCGGAUAUCCCCGGUGACACGGUGAUGGUGUCCUGCGACCAUAAUUACACAGCGGAAGACUCUGCGCGGCAGAAGAAGCGCAUCCAGCAGUUGGAGGAGCAGCUGGAGCUCCUGAGGAAGAAGCUGAAAACGACACAGCAGAAGUGCCGGCGUCAGGAGAGACAGCUCAAAAGCCUGAGGGUCUCUUGUAAGACCGGCAGGACGGCGCGCGACGCGCCGACCGCGUUCAGCGAGGGCUACGUCAUUUUACCAAAACACAUCUACCACACGCUCAAAGGCAUCGAGUAACGGGAUGAAGGCCACAAGACUAAACUGUCCUGUUGAUCUUGAACAGUUGGUGGCGCUGUUGAAUAAAGCAGCGAGGCGGCGGAACCGACGUGGAACAUCAAACGGAGCGGGUCGGCGUCGCACCACGAUUCGGUUUUUCCAAACGUGUUCCAGAGUGACCACUUAUGUCACCGUGGCAUUGCUUGGCAACCGGCAGUUUUGCACAUUCGGAAAAGCUUGGCAAUUAGUUAACGUCCGUUGUGAUCUGCUUUUUGUAAAACCUGUUAACAAAUGCCAUGUCGCGUGUUAAUUAGAGGGACAUUUUGGAGCACCGGACAGAGUCAGCCCCCCCCCCCCCCCCCCCGACUUUCCUCUCAUCACGCCAUUUUUUGUACUCAUCAUAUCUGUGAGAAGCUUCCAAUUGCACACUUGAGUGCCCGCUGAUGUGAUGAGCUUUUACCCUGAAGAUUGUGGUUUGGAUUUUGGUGCUACCUUUACUUAAUUUGUUUUGGGGGAUUUUGUAUUUCUACAAAAGAAGAAAAACCACGUAAUCAAAAAUAAAAUGGAAAAAGAAAACCGU